CCGCCUUGUUUCCGUGGUUACCCGGAUAUAGGCGGUGUAAGGAGAACGUCAUUGUUCAGACACUUCCCCCGGCAGAUAUAGGAGGUUAUGGAGGCGGCCGGGGACGUUCGGCGGAUUUAAUUCGGUUACGCCACCUGAGUGUCAAACCAUGACCAUCAUAGAUAAAGUUUCUUCAGUGACUGCAGCAUGCCGGAAUCAGCUUUACAAGCCAAUGGCACCGUCGUCUGGAGACAAGGACACAGGUUCGCCAGUUUGGGGCAUAGUAUCUUCCCCAGCUAAAAUUUCUCUUGGGCCAGUACCUGGUGCUGCCGUCUACUCCAGCUCAUAUGUUCCUGAAAAGCCUGAGCCUUCAGAGCAAUCUGAUCCACCAUUGGCAAUUCCAGGGGAUGGCAUAAAUCCACCACAGAAGAUCCUUUUCCCAGCAGAGAAGCUGAGACUAAGAUGGCAGCGGAUUCAAAAGGUUGGAGCUGGUCUCCAAAACCUUGGCAAUACCUGCUUUGUGAAUUCAGUUCUGCAGUGUUUAACAUACACUGCACCUCUUGCAAACUACAUGCUCACUCGAGAGCACUCCAAGACUUGCCGUGAACAAGAAUUCUGUAUGAUGUGUGUGAUGCAAUCUCAUGUAGCACAAGCCCUUUGUAAUUCCGGGGGAGUCAUCAAGCCUAAUAGUGUUAUCAACGAUCUUAGACGUAUUGCAAAGCACUUUCGUUAUGGGAGCCAAGAAGAUGCUCAUGAAUUUCUUAGAUAUACAGUAGAGGAAAUGCAAAAAUCCUGUCUUAGAGGUUGCUCUAAUUUGGACAGACACACACAAACUACAACUUUUGUACAUCAGAUAUUUGGUGGUUGUCUGCGUUCUCGAGUGAAAUGUCUAAAUUGUAAAUCAGUUUCUGACACCUAUGACGAAUAUCUUGAUAUCCCUCUGGAAAUAAAGACCUCCCAUAGUGUGACUAAAGCUUUGGAGCAGUUUGUGAAAGCAGAACAGCUUGAUGGGGACAAUGCAUAUAACUGCAGCAAGUGUAAACAGUUGGUUACUGCAACAAAAAAAUUUACAAUACAUCGAAUAUCAAACGUGUUGACUUUGUCCUUGAAGAGGUUUGCGAGCUUCAGUGGUGGGAAACUUUCAAAGGAAAUAAAGUACCCAGAAUACCUUAACAUCCGUCCAUUUACAUCCAACCCUCACGGAGAACCAAUUAUGUAUUCUUUAUACGCUGUUCUUGUGCAUACAGGCCUAAGCUGUCACACUGGACAUUAUUUCUGCUAUGUAAAGGCCAGUAAUGACCAAUGGUACUUGAUGAAUGACUCAGUCGUGUCCAGCGCAGAUAUCCGGACCGUGCUCAACCAGCAGGCAUACCUUCUAUUUUAUAUCCGAUCCCAGAAUGUGCAGGGUGGAGACGCGCCUUACUCUCAUCAGUCUGCCAGCCCCAACUCUCCUCAGCCCAGUAGCAGCCAUCAAGUUGGAGGCACAAAGUCUGAUUUCAUAGGACCACAGCAGAUAAUGAAAAAUAUAAAGAGCAUCAAUGGCAAUAGAUCACCAAAAAUAUCUUUAAAUGGUUCUGGGAUAAAUGGAAACAUUAUUAAAAGAUGCAUUGGCCCUUCGCCCAUGAACAGACAAAUGACGCUGAAUGGCAAAAAGCCAAAAAUCAUAGUGAACAUCAAUAAACCACUUCCUGCCCAAGGCAUGUCCUCCUCUGAAACUAAAUUAAACACCUCAGCUCAGUCUACCUCUGUUGCCACUGCACCCUCAUCAGCUAUUGAUCUCCCAUAUAAGUUGAACCGAGGACCGUUGGCCAGUGUCAAUCCUGUAGUAUCUUCCACCACACUGGUUCCUUAUGGGGCCGAAUCAUCGGAGGAAUCUGAAGAGGAAAGUAAAGGUGUACGGAAGAGAAAAUUUUGUGAAAACCUAGUAAUUGGUUCUGUUUUUAAUGGCCAUUCUACCAUUGACUUACCUGGUAACUCUGUUGUGAAAGAGGAGGCUGCUUCUAAAUAUAAUCCAGUUGACCAGGACACUUUUGGGUCCACCAAUGGUUCAAGUUCUCUUAAACUCAAUGGCUCUAUUGAAGUUGACCUCCAAACUGUGACCAAGGAAGAAACAGUAGCUAUAUCUCAUCAUCCUGAGAGUGAAAGACCAGAAGUAGAAAAAAUUUUGCAAAAUACAGAAGACUCUAAUAUGGAUGUUGAUCUAGGAGUUCGUCCAGAACCCAGUGUAGCAAACUCUGAGAAGCCUCAGAAUGGAUUGUCACCAUCUUCUGUAUCUGUGGAUCACCAAAGGGAAGCUUGCACUACACCACAAGAUGUGAAAAAUGGAAGUGAUUAUACAUCUCACAAUGGACAUAGUGACAGGAAACAUGCCCGCAGUGAGAGAUCUUGUUCACGACAUGAGAGAGACUCUCGGAAGAGUGAACAACAUUCACGAAGCAGAGACAGUUCUAAAUAUGAUCGAUAUAAACACCAUCACAAUGAUGAAUUCAGACAUCGAAAUAAUUUCUCUCGAGGAAGUGAAAGUAGUCACCGAAACCAUGGGAGACAUCGAUCGAGAAGCAGAGGAAAAAUGGACGACUAUUACCGUUAUCAGUCCAGGAGAGAUCGCUCUCACAGCCGUGAGAGGAACUACUACAGCAGACAUCAACAAUGGGAUCACUUUCAUUCCUCUUAUAGAGAUGAUCGGGACAGAGUUUCAUAUAAUCGGGAUAAUCACUACAGGGAUUCCAGACACUAUAGAAAUGACUGGUAUGAUCACGCUAGAGACAGACGUGACCAUGGGUAUAGCAGCAAAUACUCUCAUUACUCUUCUUCAAGGCAUUCUGAUUCUUAUCAUUACCAUGGUAGGUUUAAUCACCAUGAACAUUAUGAAAAUGGUAAACGAAAAUUUGAGCAUAGUAGCUGCGCAGCAGGAGAGGAUUAUGAACCAGACUGCAAGAGAAAAGGGAACUCUGUGGAAAAACAGACCUUUCGUAUGGAAGAAAAAAAAAUAACCAUAAAGACGUAGCAUCUCCUGCUUGGACUUGACUCCUUAGGAACACCUUGAUAUGCUGCAUUAAAACUACCACAAAUAUAUAUUUGUUUUAUUUGUUUCUUAAACUAAUUUUUAUUUGUUUUUAGUCUAAUUUGUUUAAAACUGUUUGCGCCAAAGUCAAAGAAUAUUUUGCCACUAGACUAGAAAGGGUUAUUUGGCUGUAUUGUACUUGGGCUUCCUAUAAUUUAAUACAUUUUGACCUGUAGUAAAAAUAUUGAUAGUAAAAGGUCCCUCCAAACUUAGCAAAACAAUGAAUGAACAGAAGCACUCUCGUGACCAGUGUGCCCCUUCUUUUUUUUUUUU